CACUCUGAAGUUUCUGUCAGUCGCGUCUCAGCGCUGUUCUUUCUGCUGCUCGUGUUUGCUUUGGGUUUGAGCUUUGCCUCUCCCACUUCACAAAACCACACACACACACACACACACACACACACUCGUGCACACUUGCGCACACACACUCUCAGGACGUUUCUUCAGAGUCGGACGCAUGGUUUACUUCCGAGGGUUACCGGGAGAACAUUUUAAUUUUAUUCUGAACACGACUUCUCUGUGAGACUCUCUCUCUUUCUCUCUCUCUCUCUCACACACACACACACACACACACACACACACACACGUACGUUCUUCACAGGAGGACGACACAUUUUCUCCUUUUUUCCUUUUUUUUCGUUCCUGGUGUUCAGAGGCUCCUCGGGGCAGUCGGAGCCGUAAUCAUGCUUGCAGAGAGUCAAACGCAGAGUGAAAAUGAGACCAUGGUCCCGGUACUAACAUCCAAAAGAGCCAGUGAACUUCCUGUCAACGAAGUAGUGUGUGCGCUGCAGGCCGACCUGCAGUUUGGUCUCUCUGAUGCGGAGGUGAGCAGGAGGAGAGCGUAUCACGGCUGGAAUGAGUUUGAAAUCAGCGAGGACGAGCCGCUCUGGAGGAAGUACCUGUCUCAGUUUAAGGAUCCUCUCAUCAUGUUGCUCCUGGCGUCGGCGGUGAUCAGCGUAGUGAUGCGUCAGUUUGACGACGCCGUCAGCAUCACCGUGGCCAUCAUCAUCGUCGUUACUGUGGCCUUCGUGCAGGAAUACCGCUCGGAGAAAUCCCUGGAGGAAUUGGGGAAGCUGGUGCCUCCGGAAUGUCACUGUGUGAGAGAGGGUCAUCUGGUUCACAUGCUGGCGAGGGAACUCGUACCUGGAGACACAGUUUGCCUGUCUGUGGGUGAGAGAGUCCCGGCUGACCUCCGCCUUUUUGAGGCAGUAGAUCUGAGUGUAGAUGAGUCCAGUCUGACAGGUGAGACCACGCCCUGCUCUAAGACGGUCUCCCCUCAGAUGGUCAGUGGAGAUCUCACGUCCCGUAGCAACAUCGCCUUCAUGGGGACGCUGGUGUGCUCUGGCAAGGCCAAGGGCAUCGUCAUAGGUACGGGCGAGAGCUCCGAAUUCGGAGAAGUCUUCAAAAUGAUGCAAGCGGAAGAGUCGCCUAAAACGCCGCUGCAGAAGAGCAUGGACGUUCUCGGGAAGCAGCUCUCGCUCUACUCCUUCUGCAUCAUAGGUGUCAUCAUGAUGGUGGGAUGGCUGCAGGGGAAAAACAUCCUGGACAUGUUCACUAUCGGAGUCAGCCUGGCGGUAGCCGCUAUCCCUGAAGGCCUGCCCAUCGUGGUGACGGUCACGCUCGCUCUGGGAGUGAUGAGGAUGGUGAACAAGAGAGCCAUCGUCAAGAAGCUGCCCAUAGUCGAGACACUGGGUUGCUGUAACGUGAUCUGCUCGGAUAAAACGGGAACGCUGACGAAGAACGAGAUGACGGUCACGCAGAUCUUCACCUCUGAUGGACAGCGUGCGGAGGUGACAGGUGUGGGCUAUAACGGAGCAGGUGAGGUGCUCAUAGACGGGAAGAUGGUUCACGGCUUCUCCAACAUCUCCAUCAGUAAACUCGUGGAGGCUGGCUGUGUGUGUAACGACGCUGUAGUGAGGAACAACGCGCUGAUGGGUCGACCCACAGAGGGCGCUCUCAUCGCCCUGGCCAUGAAGGUGGGACUGGAAAGCGUGCAGCAGGAGUUUGUGCGUUUGGAAGAGAUCCCGUUCUCCUCGGAGCAGAAGUGGAUGGCUGUUCGCUGCGUCCAUCGCACUCAGCAGGACAAACCCGGAGAGUUUUUCGUGAAAGGAGCCUUCGAGAAAGUGAUCCAGUUCUGCAAGACGUACCACAGUAAAGGCGUGUCAGUGCCGCUGAGUAACCAGCAGAGGGCGCUGUACCAGCAGGAGAAGACCUACAUGGGCAGUGCGGGACUCAGAGUCCUCGCCUUCGCCUCAGGAGCUGAAAUGGGUUCUCUGACGUUCCUCGGUCUGGUCGGCAUCAUCGAUCCUCCGAGGUCGGGCGUUAAGGAAGCCGUGACGACGCUGGUCAGCUCCGGAGUGUCCAUCAAGAUGAUCACCGGAGACUCUCAGGAGACGGCCGUGGCCAUCGCGAAUCGUCUGGGUCUGUACGCUAAAGGAGCUCAGUGUUUGUCCGGAGACGAGGUGGAUGUCAUGGACAUUCAGGAGCUCUCGCAGAUCGUCUCCAGGACGGUGGUGUUUUACAGAGCAAGUCCCAGACACAAGCUGAAAAUAGUCAAGUCUCUGCAGAACAUCGGUGCCGUGGUGGCGAUGACGGGCGACGGCGUGAACGACGCUGUAGCUCUGAAAGCGGCCGACAUCGGCGUGGCGAUGGGGCAGUCCGGCACGGACGUGUGUAAGGAAGCGGCGGACAUGAUCCUGGUGGACGACGACUUCCAGACCAUCAUGUCAGCCAUCGAGGAGGGAAAAGGCAUUUACAACAACAUCAAGAACUUUGUGCGUUUUCAGCUCAGCACGAGUAUCGCGGCUCUCACACUCAUCUCUCUGGCCACGCUGAUGAAUUUCCCGACCCCCCUGAACGCCAUGCAGAUCCUCUGGAUCAACAUCAUCAUGGACGGACCUCCAGCUCAGAGUUUGGGCGUUGAGCCCGUGGACGGCGACGUGAUCCGUAAACCUCCACGAAACGUGCGAGACAGCAUCCUGACACGCAGCCUGAUCGUCAAGGUGCUCGUCUCGUCCUUCAUCAUCGUCUGCGGCACGCUCUUCGUCUUCUGGAGAGAGCUGCGUGACAACGAGAUCACACCACGUGACACCACCAUGACCUUCACCUGCUUCGUCUUCUUCGAUAUGUUCAACGCCCUCAGCUCUCGCUCACAGACCCGUAUGGUACAUGAGAUAGGGUUGUGCAGUAACAGGACGUUCUGCUUCGCUGUACUCGCCUCCAUCAUGGGCCAGCUGCUCGUCAUCUACUUCCCUCCACUGCAGAAAGUCUUUCAGACCGAGAGCCUCAGCAUUCUGGAUCUGCUCUUCCUGGUCUGCCUGACGUCCUCCGUGUGCUUCGUGUCCGAACUCAUAAAGAUGCUGGAGAGGUGGAGAGGAGGAGGAGAAAAAGCAGAAAAAGAGGAGUGUGACUCUUUCCAUGACGUAUGACGAACGUUGCAUCUCUGUGAGGAGCGAACGCCGUCGUCUUGUGGAGGGGGGAGGGGUUUCG